AUAAAAUCAAAGUUAAAUAGAACAACUGCAGCAUUUAGUAUCAGUCAGACCACAGUAAGUUUGAGAGAGAUCAACAUGUAUUCCAUUGCUGUUUUUGUGUGUUUAGUGGGCUACAGUGCAGCCUUCCCUCUACAUGCCGCAUGUAAACUAGACUGGUCAUUCCAGAUGAACUGUAGUGAUGUGGAGAAAAAACUUGUUGAUCAGGCCAAUGCAUGGAGUACAGCUGAUAAUUGUCCCAACGGAGCAGGAGAAAAAAUGCCUCUACAGUAUUUCAUCUCAGACUGGCACAAGCUUGAAACUUGUGCAUGAGACGCCAGUUCAUCACUACAAAGAUACAGUGAGCUUCACCUUUGCUCAAGGCAGCUCUGCUGAUACUUGUAAUGUACAUGGUUACUCUACCUCACAGACCUGGUAUGCUGUACUUGACUACAGUACUAACUACUGUAACAUGAGAAAUCUUCUUGAAGGUUCGAAUCUCCAUACCAGUGCUGGAUUCACGGAGACCACAAGUGACAGCAUAUGCACACAGUACUCAAAGAGAAAUUACGAUAAAUACUAAUACUGUCAAGUUCUUGUAACAACGCUUUAAAAUUUCAUAAAGUA